UCGCCUUUUGCGCCUACUACUACAGUCACUUUGCUAUGUACUUUUUCGUCGAGUCUGUGGCAAUCAAAACUUUUCCAUCGAGAUUCCUUCGACCAUAACUUUUGCGACGACUUUCUGGCAAAAUUUUCUGAUAGUUGUCCUGGCAAUACUAUUAUGUGGUUAUUUAAUUUUCUAUGUUAAACAAAAUAAGUGAAGUCAAGUUGAUUCCCCGCAUUUCAGUUUGAGGGUGCUUGUUAGAAUUGAAGUGUUAGUGUUAGAAUGUCAGAUUAUUUUAGGUUGCAUAUCGUCCCACAUAGGACAGUGUUUGACACCUAUAUAUAUAGGUGUCUUGUUUUCGUCAAGUUAUGAUCUUAUUUUUUUCACAACUUACAGCUCAGAAAGGUGUUACUAAAUGUUUCAUGCUAUGUCACUGGCCCACACGCAAUUCCAUCUGCGCUUCUGAUUCUGCCACUGCUUAUAUGCAUAUAUCCGCUGAAACACUGAGUGAGAUGUAUCAGGAGAAAAUUAGAAAUAGAAUUGUCCAUGAUUUGAAGUAUAUGCGAGUGCGAGAUUCUUACAUUUCUUUAUCUCCUUUUUAGUUAUGUGAUAGUAUCACUUAUCAAAGAAAAGGUAUGUGAUGGUAUCGUGCUCUUGAUGUCGGUCAUUAAAAAAAUGGAUACCUUGGGGAGCUUUCUUUGUUCAGUAAUGCAGUGUACUUGGAUAGUACUAAAUAACACUUUCUAAACAUCUAAGGGAUUGACAGGUUUUCUCAUUUACGUGGUGACUACUUACCUAUUCAGAAGAAUAUUGCCCAUGUUACCUACGUGAAUGGAAAACACUGAUUUUUCUGAUGCUACAAAACACUCAAUUUAGAGGACAAAAUGAUCUCCUCAUUCGUGCCAUAUUGGCACUUCUACAUUCUGUUCCACGUGGCAAGAUGAUAGUUCUUGAUCUCUUUGCUGAUGUCAAACCAAUAUGGAAAUCAUCCUCUCAAUUCUAUGGCACUCCUUAUAUCUGGUGUAUGCUGCACAACUUUGGAGGCAACAUCGAAAUGUAUGGUGUGUUAGAUGCAGUGGCUUCUGGUCCUAUCGAUGCCCGCACUAGUGAGAACUCAACAAUGGUAAAAUUUCUAUCAUUUCAUAAAACCUAUUUUUUAUUCUUCUUUUUUCUUUCUGAAGUUAUUAUUCGGAAGUUUAAACUAUUUAUGAUUCUAAAUCCCUCUUACACUAUUAUGAUGUAAUUGAGUUUUUUUAAU